AUGUUAGACAAUGGCUUUAAUAUACUUAUUGCUGAUAAUGCUGUUCUUAAUGAUUGUAGGCCAGAAUCUAUGCCAUGGUUGUACUAUUCAGAAUCAGCAGAUGAGGUUUUAGAAGAUACAAGGAUUUCCACAGUUUUUACUCUGAGUCCUGAUAACGAGAAUACCUAUCUUAAAUUUGUAGUUGGUAAAUACACUAUCAAUGGUGAUUUUGUUGGUUAUGAAGAUAUCACUGGUAGCACUCUUCAGUUAUGCCCAGAUACUAAAACUAAUUUAGAUGCAGCCUUCUUGUUUGGGACCACCUACUCAUUAUCUUGUAGUAUCCCUGCACAGCAGUUCUGGGAUUGGCCACAGUAUGAAAACUACAUGUAUGACAUGUACAUCGAAUUUGAGGAAAAUGGUGUCAAAUACUUGCACGCCAUACCAUUAUUAUUGGAGAAUUAUAAAGAUGGAGAUUCAAGGGUUAAUUCAGGGGAUGACACCAGUACAUGGGUAUUGACUCGCAGAUUUUUCAUGGUUGAUAAUCUGAGUGGUAAGAUUACUGCAGAUACGUUGGCUGAAGUUGUACGCUACGCUAGUCUAUUUAAAUUCGAAAUUGAAAUUCAAGGUCAGAAUGGGAAAAUCUAUACCCCGCUGUUGAGAAUCAGGUACACUGAAAUCAACAGAGAAAACUCGUAUGAAUCAAAUGCAUUACAAGGUGUAUCGUUUGAAGUGGAAUACAGCAUGGACUUAUCUUCCUAUAAUGAAGAUGUUUCCAUCGCUAUGGGUGUAUUAAGUGUAUUAGCUGUAAUAUGGGCAGCUGUUAGGACAAAUGCAUGGAGGAGACGAGCUGGCAUGAUUACUAUUGAUAUCAUUAGUAUGUUCAAGUAUUUCUUUUUCUUAUGCGGUACCUUGGCUGAUGUCUUCUUUAUUGUGAUGUUUGGAUGUGGUCUUUACUGGCUCAUUUUCUUCAGGGAGCAGUCUGGCGUUUAUUUAGUCUUGCCAAAUUCUGAUGAGGAGAGUAGUUUCAUAGCUUACAUAUCAGUUGCAUAUGUAUUGAAGUUCUUUGAUUUGGUUCAUCUGAUUGGCAGUCAGUGCUUGGUUGAUAUCUUCUUUAUUGAUUGGGAGAGACCUAAAGGUCGUAUUGUCCAAUCCAAUGAACCUGGUGCGGAGAAUAAAGGUCAAAUAGCACCUGUCAGUGCUUGGAGAAUGUUUUUUGUCGCCAAUGAAUUUAAUGAGAUACAGACCACUAGGAAAAUCAAUGUUAUUUUCCAGUUGUUCAUGGUUAUAUUAUUUCUAGAUGUUAUUGGCUUUGAAGACUUAGCUUCAACUAAUCCUCGUGCUUAUGUCAAUACUGAUGAAGAAUAUUACACUGGUGAUGAUAGCCGUAUUCUUAGAUUUGCUGUGUCUUCCAUUGUGUAUUUAACUAUUGCACUUUGUCAGUGGGUGUUUUUCACGUUUAUAUAUGAGAGAUUUGUUGAAGAUUAUCUGAAGAACUUUGUAGAUUUGUGUUCCAUGGGGAAUGUGAGCAUCUUCAUCCAUCUGAAUAGAUGUUAUGGGUUUUACAUCCAUGGUAGAUCACCACAUGGUAAAGCUGAUACGAAUAUGAAAGAAAUGCAAGCACAGCUCAAGAGAGAAGAGGAUAAUUUAGUUGGACAACGUGGUUUACUUCCUAACUCAGAGCAGCAGACAUUUGAAAUGCUAGUACAGCUUAAAUUACGAGAACAGUAUGAUAAAAUAAUGCAACCCCUGACUGCUCCACAAGAACGAGGCCAAAGAUCGGGAGGUCGUGGCAGUGUUGAUAUGGAGCGUAGUCUUCAAGCCUUUCAAACCAUGAAUAAAUUCCUUUCAGCUUUUCUAGAUCAUUCCCUUCGUGAUUUGGAUUACAUAGUGAAAGAUAAAUUAUUAUUAGAGAGGAUUUUAGACAUGGAAUUUUUUGAUCCAGUUGAUAAAGGAUUCUUUUUUAAUGAUGAUGGUCAUUCAUUUGAUGGUGCUUUAUUCCAUGGCCACGAGUCCACAUUACUUGUGUAUGAUGUUUUGUUCUUCUCAGUUAUUGAUCUUAUCUUCCAAAACUACAUGUUAUCUGCCGUACUUACGUAUUUGAUGGUUGUGAUCUAUAGUAAAAUCCGUGAUGCCUGGGGAAGAAGCAACUUGGCUAACAAAACACUUGUGGAUGAUAGAUUUCUUAUUUAG